AUGAUGAACCCACAGUCUCACCGUGGCUAUCUGCCGCAAUCAAAGUUCAUGCCCGGCUUUGGACAACAACAUCAACAGGUAGAUCAAGGUAUGGGCCAUGUGCAGAACGGCGCCAACAAUUCACUCGGCGGCGGUCAUCAACACAAUCUCUCCGGCGGCUUCGGCAACGGAAACUACCCCUCCCCCCAACACGCCGUCGCUACCGCAAAUAUGCAGAACGCCUCGCCGCAUUGGCAGGAACAACAUGCCCUGCUGAAUGCGUCCCGAAGCUCUAGCGAACCCCAUCAUCACGCACGCCAGGCUGCCCUACUCAACAAGAAUUCUUCGGCGAAUGUGACGGUUGCUGGAGGCGUCAACCCGAAUUCGUACAACCCCCCGGUCUCGCAGAACCGGAAGGACGGACCCCCGGCCGAGGUGGCAGAGCUGCGCAACGGCAAUGGAGAAAUAGAAAGGCAGGACUGGAAAGCUUUAGAUCUGGGAGGUCAGGGACUUCAUGCUCUGUCGAAUGCCCUCUUCGCGUACACCUUCCUCGACAAGUUGUAUAUUAACCACAACAAGCUCACCAAGCUUCCGGCAGCCCUCGGAAAGCUCAAGCUGCUGCAACUUCUGGACGCAUCCAACAACCAGUUGACCGAAUUGCCCGCAGAGCUCGGAAUGCUGACCAAUCUACGUCAACUCCUGGUGUUCGACAACAAGCUCACGUCGCUCCCAUACGAACUCGGUUCCUUGUAUCACUUGGAUGUUAUCGGCGUCGAAGGGAACCCUCUCCAGGAGUCUUACAAGUCGAUCCUCAUGAAAGAGGGAACUCGGUCAUUGAUCGUUAAUUUGAGAGACAACGCGCCAGAGGAAGCUUAUCCCCUUCCUCCGGUCGAACGCGAUUGGGUUGUUCUUGCCGAGCCCGAAGGGGAAAUCGAUUCAUUCCAGGUCGUAUGCUACAACAUUCUCUGCGACAAAUACGCGACUGCGAACCAGUACGGAUACGCUGCUUCGUGGGCGCUCAACUGGGAGUACCGCCGAGACCUCAUCCUCCAGCAAUUGAUCACCGCGAAGGCCGAUAUCAUCUGCCUUCAAGAAGUGGAUGCGGACAGUUUCGAUGAGUAUUUCAUGGACAGGCUGAAGGAUGAGGAAUAUGCCGGAGUCCACCAGCCCAAGAGUCGUGCCAAGACCAUGUCCGAGAACGAGAGGAGAAAGGUAGAUGGUUGCGCAACUUUCUAUAACACCACAAAGUAUACCAUGCUCGAUAAGCACAUUCUGGACUUCAGUUCUUCGGCAAUCCAGCGCGAGGACUUCAAGAGAACCGCCGAUAUCUUCAACCGCGUGAUGCCGAAAGACAACAUCGCCAUCAUUACUUUCCUGCUCAACAAGCAGACUGGUUCGAGACUCAUCGUCGCCAAUGUUCACAUCACCUGGGACCCCCAAUUCAAGGAUGUCAAGCUCGUGCAGGUUGCUAUGCUAUUGGAGGAGAUUCACCGUCUGGCAUCGAAGUGGCAGGAUUUCGGUAAUAGGGAACUGGAAUCCGGCGUACCACCUCCCCCGCCGUACGCGGAACAUACUCAGAUUCCGCUGGUCAUCUGCGGUGAUUUUAACUCUAUUGCGGAGAGUGGAGUCUACGAGCUCUUGUCUCGAGGAUCCAUUGGAAACGACCACGACGAUCUUUCCGGCAGGAUUUACGGCAACCUCACCAGGGAUGGCAUCUCACAUCCGUUCCCGCUCAAGAGCUCGUACUCGAACGUUGGAGAACUCAAGUUUACGAACUACACGCCUGGCUUCACCGGUGUCAUUGACUACAUCUGGUACACCACGAACUCGCUGAACGUCACGGGCCUGCUGGGGGAUGUGGAUGACAAGUACCUCGCCACAGUCCCGGGAUUCCCAAAUAUACACUUUCCGAGCGAUCACAUCCUCCUGCAAGCAGAAUUCCAGGUCAAGCCUCGGAAAGAGGUCGUUAAGAAGCCACCUCCACCCGAUUUUGGCGGAAGCUCUUCACGGAACAGAUAG